AUGGGUGUAACGGUUUUACAGCAAUAUCCGGUUCCUGAAAAUAAAACGGGAACCUAUGUUAUAGAUUUACUUACAAAAAGAAUUUUAGCUCUUGGUGCUACACAGGCGGGACAAUUUUUAGUGGAUUGCGAAAGUUAUUUAUCACAUCCAACUAUGGGUUCAACAAAAACAGUACAUAUAUUACAUAAUUCAGAACAGCCAGCGUCUGUAUUUUCAAUACUCGAGAGCGGUACAAAGAACAUUCAUGUGAUUGCCGACGGGCUCUUCGAUUUACUCAUGAUGAAGCUAUCACAACAUUACACAUCCAAAAAACAAACAAAGAUUGAGAGCAAAGGUCCCAAGUUUGAACUCGGAGAUUUCUGUAUCAAACUCGGCUCUGUUACAAUGAAUCAGAAUUUUAAAGGAAUUCUUAUUGAGGUGGAAUAUCGUCCCUGUGUCAUGGCAAAUGCUGUUUGGGGAUUAUUACGAGAAUUCUUGCAAGGAAUUCUCGGUUCAACAAUAUCGGUUCAACCACCACAGCAUUUACUGAGCAGAAUGAAUGAAAUAUACACACCAAUUGACACUAUAUAUCAAUAUUUAGAACAUUUUAGUGCUUAUCGGAAAAUAACUGGAUUAAGAAGUGCAUAG